AUGUCUGUUUUCAAUGCAAAGGUGACUUCCACUGAGCCUCUCUCUAAGGAGGAAGCUCGCUGGAUCAAACUCUCCAAAAUCACAUAUCGUGACCCAACAGGGACAUCCAGAACCUGGGAAUCAGCCGAACGUCUGACACGUCCCAAGACCGCCGACAUCGACGGCGUCGGCAUAGUAGCCAUCCUCCCCCACCCAACUGGCCCCGAACUCAUCCUCCAGAAACAAUACCGCCCUCCCAUCAACGCCGUGACAAUCGAAGUCCCAGCCGGCUUGAUCGACGAGGGUGAGACACCCGAAGAAUGCGCCAUCCGCGAACUCCGCGAGGAAACAGGCUACGUCGGCGUGGCCACUGAGACGUCGCCCAUGAUGUUUAACGACCCGGGGUUUUGCAACACGAAUCUGAAGAUGGUGCAUGUUAGCGUUGAUAUGGACUUGCCCGAGAAUAAAGACUUGAAGCCGGAGCUGGAGGAGGGCGAGUUUAUUGAAGUUUUUACGGUCAAGUUGACGGAUUUGUGGGGGAUGUGUGAGACGUGGGAGAAGGAGGGCUGUGCGGUUGAUGCGAGGGUUGGGACUUUGGCGGAGGGGAUCUUGUUGGCGCAGAGAUUCAAGCUGUAG